AUGUCGGUAUCCUCGCCAUCCCGACCGGCUACCAAGAUGGAGGACUCCCGUCUAGGACGCCUGCCUCCAGAGCUGCGCAACAUCAUCUUCGAACUCGUGCUCACGAUCGAAGAAGCCAUCGUCAUCACUGCGCGGAGCGCUCACUACAAGAUUCGCAGUCCCACUUUCGCCGGUGUAAAGGACCCGUUGGCGCUUUUGAGAGUCUGCAAGCAAGCCAACAUUGAAUGUACGAAGAUCCUCUACGGCACGAACACCUUCAAUGUCACACUGAGCCCGGAGCAAACUCGACUGACGACGUUUCUGGAAAUCACCGAGAAGGAGAAAUCGAUGAACGAGAUUCAUCUGUUGGACAGAUUCUGCGUGUCGCUCGGAAAGCAGGCUCUGGCAGGACUUUGCAACAUCGAAGUGACCGCCUUCAGACACUUCUACUCCUCGCUCCAUACCAUGGUUCGCCAGAUCAGGUACUUGAAAGCGCGGGACGUGUUUAUUCGCAACACCAAUGUGGAAUACACCCUUUUGCGGAAGGCGGCCAACAACACGGAGGACGACAUCGUGCUCACCAUUCGGAUGCACUGCCUGAAGCACGAUCUGGAGGCGGCCAUCAGCCGAUUGAGGCAGAUGAGCAUCUCCAAGUUCUCUGCAAUGCCGCCGACACUUACGGGGCUAAGCGGCCGCUCCGAGACUGCUUCACGUUGCAUCAAGAUCCUCGAGGACUUUCUGCCAACAAUUGACUACGAGGUGUUCGAAUUUGGAGAUGAGUACGGCGUUGGGGUGGUGUUCGUUCCUGCUCAUACCACCCUUGCAGACAGCACCGACAUCGACGACAUUCAGGCCACCAAGGUCAUGAGCGGCGCCAGAAUACCGUGA